GUGCCAAGCUCGACAAUUAUUAUCAAAAAUUCUUUCAUCGCUCGGUAGGAAAAAUGACGUCAACAGCUUUCGUUCUCGUUUUUGGAUUUCUGGCUGCAGUUUCCGCCAGAGAGACGGAGGGAUCAGCGCCGUUGAAGGAACCGGAAUUUCUCACCCCCGAAUACAUCUUGCCAUGCUCGAGACUGGAUCCUGCGAUUGAUAUCUGCAUUCAGAAGUCCUUAAACCACUUGAAACCCUAUUUGAUAAGAGGACUCCCUGAGCUGGAACUUCCUCCCAUCGAACCACUGACCAUUCCUGAACUGGGUAUGCAGAAUGGUCAAGGAGCAGUGAGAGUAAGCGCUCUUUUCAAGAACAUCACCGCCAUUGGUCCUGGUAAUUUCACAGUCAGCAAAGUACGUGCGGACAUCCCAAGCCUCAGGAUUGAUUUUCACAUUACGAUUCCGAAGAUCGAACUACGAGGACGCUACGAAGUUGCCGGAAAUGUUCUACUCUUCCCCAUUCAAAGUCAAGGCGACUUCUGGGCUGUGUUCAGUGAAGUGGCUGCCAUUGCUCAAGUCCAGGGAAUCGAGGAGAUUCGCGAGGGUGUUCGAUACAUGAGGAUAUCUCACCUCGUGAUAGAUUUCAGUCUUGGAAGAGCGAGGUUCCGCAUCGAGGACGAAUUGAAUGGAAACAACGUGAUUGGCCAGGCCAUGAAUCAGUUCCUGAACCAGAACGCGAAGGAAAUCAUUGAAGAAAUGCGGCCAGCAGCAAGCACAAGCAUCGCCACCCACUUCCAAGGUUUUCUCAAUAAGGCAUUCACCAAAGUCCCGAUGAAAGUCUGGCUCCGCGACACGUAGACGUUUUUGGAUGACGAUGAAUUUUGCGAGGAUGACGAGCAGCUUGCGCUUAGGCUUUUAGUGUUAAUGUAAAGUUCACUCGACGAUCGUUGCUGGAGUUGAAGUUUUUAAAGUCCAAUUACAUGUCCAAAGUUUAUUAAAGUUUAGAACAAGGGACCGAGCGAAUCGUUUUUGGGGAAUGAGCUAUGGAGAAUGAAAAGUGGCGAGAAUUUUCUUAGAUCAUCUACAUUUUAUCUACUUCCAGUAUUCUAGUUGUGUCUAAUGAUUGAAUUUAGUCUGAUCACAUUGUAUUCGUUAGUAUAGGUAUAGUAAAGUCGUUUUGAGAUUACAUAGAUUAGAUUAUUUGAAUAACCACUUUUUAUAACGAGAUGAUAUAUACUGAUCAUCUUUCUUGCGAAUUAGAAAAAAAAAAAAAAAAAUAUCGAGGUGACGUGGCCUGCGUGUAAAAA